UUUUUCAGUAUUCCAUCAUGGAACAUUGUACCAUAAUGAUUAUUUUUGGUGUUUCACAGUUUUAAACUUUUGAAAAGUAAAAAUGCGCGUUAUAAUUUUCAUUGUUAUUUGUAUCAUACGAAUACAGUUCAUACGGUCUGACGGCAGCGAUGAGGAAAAUUCUUCUGAUUCUGGUACUAGUACCACUAGCAACGAUACCACCACUAGCACCGUAAGCACCACAAGCACCGCAAGCACCACAACUCCAACACAACCACCAAUUAAGGAUGUAGAUAUGUUGAACAUGAGCAGCGUUAUAUUAGAAAAUGAACUACCAGACUUCCUUGAGGCACACAGAAACACCCUAUCAGUGAACAACAACUCUUCCGCUUCCUAUGGCAAUAACAAUACUUAUUUUAGUAUUCAGACUGGUUUCCCAGAAGAUAAGUCCAUCGCUGCGAAACAAGAAUAUGUAGAAUUCAAGUGCCCUGUGGAAACACACAAUGGCUCCAUGGAUAAUGGAAGAACACCGGAUGAACCACGAGUAAUGUGGGCAAUAUACGACGAUUUCGACGACAUAGAAAUCAUAACCGAGCUACAUGAUCACAACUAUACGAAUACUUACGUAAUAAAAAACCCGACUGAUGAUGACAAUGGCGGUUACAUGUGUGUCAUGUACACUUAUAGCGAUGCGAAAAUCCGUGACGCUAAAGUCGCUAAUUUGACGGUUGAGAAAAUUCCAGAACUUUUGCAAGGACCAUCCAACACUGAGAGUCAGACUUCUACAAUAAUAAUAGUUUCGUCGAUUGUUGUUGGUUUCCUCUUGUUGGGAACGUGUCUUGUUGUAAGGCAAAGACGGAAUGCAGCCUUCCCAGCCACAAUCAAAAGAGUGAUCAUCGAAAGAGACGGAGACUCCACAGAUAUUUUGAAAUGUCCAAUAGUACGAAUCGAAUGCAGAGAAUUUAGAUGUAAACGCGGAUACGCUGAGAAUUUGGAAUACGAAUUACCAAUCGAUGACGAAUGGGAAUUCCCUAGAGAUAAAUUGAAACUUACCGACACCGUAUUAGGAGAAGGAGAAUUUGGCCAAGUUGUCCAAGCUUCUGCUUAUGGCAUCGUGCAACCUCUCGUUUGGACCACAGUAGCUGUUAAAACGCUCAAAGCUUCACACAUUGAUGAAGAUAUGGCCAGUAUAAUAGCUGAAGUCGAAAUCAUGAAGAUGAUUGGGGAACAUAAACAUGUUUUGAAACUGUUGGGAGUUAGCUGCAAAGGAAACCCAUUUUUAAUGAUUAUGGAAUACGCACUUCAUGGCAAUUUGAAAAACUUCCUCAAACAAUGCAGUUCUGACUUGAAUUAUCCGAUUGAAACUGACAAAGGAUUCGUCAUCGAUAUCAAAGUUUUGAUCAAUUUUGCUCGACAAAUUGCUGAAGGAAUGGAUUACUUGGCUUCUUUAAAGUGUGUGCAUCGUGAUUUGGCUGCUCGAAAUGUGUUGGUUUGCGAAGAUUAUGUCAUGAAAGUAGCAGAUUUUGGUUUAGCUCGAGAUAUCCAUUACAGUGAGUACUAUCGGAAUUCAACCAAAGGUAGAUUACCUGUGAAAUGGAUGGCUCCGGAGGCUUUGCUUCAGAGAGUAUACACAAGUAAAUCGGAUAGCUGGUCUUAUGGCAUUCUUCUUUGGGAAAUGAUGACUCUUGGAGGCAUUCCAUAUCCAUCUGUUCCCUGCUGCGAAGAACUCCACCAAAUAUUACUCAAAGGAUACCGCAUGGAAUGCCCUCCCAACUGUCCACCCAAAAUAUAUGCUAUGAUGCGCGAAUGUUGGAUGUAUAACCCAAACGAUCGUCCUGAUUUCCAAAAAAUAAUGCAAGACUUGGAUGAAAUAUUAGCUGAAAACGAUGGCUUAGAUGGCAUGCCUUUUUCGGGUCUAUCAGUCCAUUCAUCGAUAGAUAAUCUUGACACAAGUAGCGACGAAGAUGAUGAUGGAAAUUGUGGAGAUUCGAAAAAAUCACAGUAUCCAUUAUUGAAAGAACGAGCAGCCCAGCUCGCUAAAUAUCCUAGCCAGGAAGGAAAUGUUUCAGAAAAAACUGCUUCUAUUACGAAAAAUCCAAAAGUGAGACAUUCUUUUGCAAUUUCUGAAGCAAAUGAGUAUACGGUUGACUUGGAAUUUGGUUGUCCAGAUAAGCAAAAAUCCGGAUAAUACGGAUUAAUACUUUUUUAAUUGAAUUUUUUUGAAGAAAAUGACUGUUUUUUGAUUUUUAAUAAGUAUUUUAUUUUAUUUUAUAUGCUUAAGAUUUCUAAAAACAAUUCAAAGUUUUUAAUAUUACCUAUAAGGUGAAAAGGUAUAUUUUAUUUUAUAUUUCUUUAAAAACAAACAUCAAAGUCUUGAAUACCUAGAUAUGUACUAAGGUAAAUUUCCACAUCUUUUUGUUGAUUCUUGAAAAGGAAGUGUUCAACUGAGCAUUCAAUAAUGAGUCGGUAGAAGCUGAACAUUACAGUAAUAAGCAUGAAAUAAUGUCUACCUGCAUUUAUGUUUUGACAGUGGUAUUUACUUUCAAGGUCCAAUCCAAUCUGCAAGUUCAGGGGGUAAUUAGCCAGCUUAAAGAAUAGAUAAUUAUGUAUAAUUAUUUUUCCAAAUCUAAAAUAUUGUGCCUAGUUUAGUUGGAUAAUUCAUCCUACACAGAAUUGAAACCAUUUGUUUCAAAUCGUCUUGAGAUUACUUAUUUUAUCACUCAUAUGUUGGAGAACAUUGGUUCUAUGCAGGAAGUUGUAUACUUACCUCAAACUUCUCUGAUUCAUGUUAUAAAAUUCACUAUUUUGAUACAAAUAUAGCUCCAAGAUAUCUACCUAUUUAUAGUUAUCCUUACUUAGGUAUAUUUUUGAUAUUUAUUUCAUGUUUCUUUAUCUAUAAAUUAAAUUAUUUUGUUUGGUAUAUUAAUUACAAUCUUGUUUCUGAAUAAACAUUUGCAAAUAAAUUUUUAAAAUGU